GUGAUUAUAAAUAAUGUUUGCAUUAUCAAGAGCCCUUAAAUUUCAGUAACCAAUAUUUGCUUUCUCUCAAUUUUAAUUGCUAAAAGGAAAGUAUGCUGUCCCACCUAAACCAAGAAAAUAGAGAAAUGCAGAUUCGACAAUUCAUCAACAAUAAUUAAAAGAGUGGUAAGAAAAUUAUGAUGUACCAAAAAGACCAAGCAUAACAUCAGAAAAGAUCCAAUUUUAUGGAAAUAAGUUCCCACAUUUGAAAACUAAGUGGGCUGAAUUAUUACAACAUAUUAAGACUUUGCCUGCAGAUGAGGUUGCAAAGAAUGAAGAAAUAAUUAAAAGCUCUGCAGAACAGAAGACUCAAAUCUUUUAAAAACGCAUGGAAGAAUAUCAGAACAAAUACUUAGUUAGAUUAAGUAAUGUGACAGCAUCAUCUGUUUUUUUUUCAACCAUUCCAUUUAAGGAUCUCAAAUCGGCCUGGGCUAAGUAUAAUGAGUUAUCAGAAGAAGAAAAAUAAAAAUACCAAAAAUUAGCCAAUGAAGAAAAUUAAAAAAAAAAUGCAAAAUUAGAAAAAAUUGCUAAAUAAUUUGGAAUGUCACUUGAAGAAUUUAAAAAGGAAGUACGUUAGAUAAUUAAUGAAACCAGAACAAAAAAGGAGGAAUCUUCUUCAUCAUCUUCAGACGAUGAAAAGAAAUAAUCAAAUAAGAAAGAAUAAAAAAAUUGAUAUUGAGAUAAUAAAUUACGAAAAUAGAUUAUAAUUUCAA